UGAAAUAACAUACUUGAAAAACAAAAUCUGAGUUUCGCGAACAUCGCAAAGCAAACAAUAAAAAAGCUCUUCGAAUGUUCGUUGAAGCAAUUAACUAUGCAAAGUUGUCAUCGAUGUCAUCUUGAUUAAAUUACGAUGAAGGAAAUGAUUGAACUAUCGGUAGACAUGGCAAAUAAACACGUUUAUAGCAGGUAAAGAGCCACGGUAAUACCAUGGUGGGAGUCAGUUCUGUUAUAGUAGGCCACGAGGUAGCAGCUCUGGUGUUCCUGCAGGUGUAGACUACCAAUUGCACGAACUCUCUCUUAGUUUCUGCUGGCGCUUCAAGCCUCUCGUCUUGAUGAACUGCGCCUCUCCGCGAAAAUUCAAGAUCGCUUCGAAAGCGAUUUAAACAAUGAAAACGUGAAAUUCGUGCAAUAUCGCGCGAUAUAUCGAUAAUCGAACGAGCCACUCGAUAACCAGACAAUUAAUAAUUUUAUCGAUUUCCAUGCAUCAAUCGUGUUCACUGGAAAAUUAGCCGGUUGCAUAUUUGGUUAUAUUAUUAAUUCUACUUUUUAAAUAGUGAACUAUUAAUAUGGAACGACAUUAUACUUAUCGAGUGUUCAUUGAUCGAUAAUGCGAUCUUAUUGUUAAGUGUCUAAUUUAUAAACGAUCGAUAAAUCAUCGAGACAAUAUUUUUAAGUGGAAUCACAGAAUACAUGAGCUGCGUAUUUUAUGAUUUUUGGUCGCCUGAGCGUUUAAAAGAAGUCGAGCCUUUAGAAGGAGAAAGCAGAAGAAGUUGAACAGUUCAGCAGCUGAAAAAAAUACCACCUUUCCUUGACAAUUAUUGUUCGCUGAAUUCAAUAAUUUUUUAUUUUUUAUAUUACGAAUAAUUUUUCACGAAAAGAAAUUUUUUUUAAAUUAAAGUUGUAAUAGAAAAUAGUGGAAAAUUAUAAUGAAAUGAGAAUCAAGUCAUAAAGAAUGAGAUAGAAUAUUUUUUUAAUAAUUAAGAAAAGGAAAUCGAUAGAAAGAAACAUAGAAGUACAUUGAUCGAGCGAAUCACGACAGCUUCGAUCGAUCGUUUAUUUUUUUUCAUUCGUACGUCAAACUUUUAACAGUUUCGCCAUUGUUUUUAUUAAUAAUUUUUCAUUGGAUAUUGAAGCUGUCGAGAGUAUGAAAGAACAUUGAUCUUUACGAAUUUCGAAGUUUUUUGAUGCGAUCACAGUGAAACACGUGCUUUACUUGGAUUUUUCAAUUGGUACGUGGACGAUGGAUUUUUGAAAGAAAAAAUCAAGCGUUUCCUGCUGAUCCACGAACGUGAGAUGUUUAACAAACUCCUAUUGAGUUUUUGGAUACUCAGAUGCAUCAGCCUUUAUGCUUUAGUGAGAAGUGGAACAUUUGCACGAAAAAUAUGAAACGUAUGACGACCAAAUAUGGCAUUAGAGGAUUAUCUCAUCGGGAUGUUCCAAUUAUAUUCCAGAGAUGGCGCGUCGUUUCAUUGUUCCGUCUAUUUUAUGGGUUCCCAAGACGUCGAGGAACCGUUGCCCAAGAACUCGUUUCUCGAGAUGGUUAUUCUUCCAGAUAUAACGCUUGAUCCCUUGCCUUGUUUUUUUUACACACGAAUCUAGGUCGUAAGUUCAGGAGACAGUCGCAAUCCUGAUUGGCGACUCCUCGACCUGUAAUCCUCGAAUGACAGGAGAUCCGGCGGUUGCACAAGAAUGGCCGACGCCUCUCGACGAGUCCGCGGACGAGAAAAACGAUGCCGAAAUAUUUCGAGCGGUCGUCGAAUCAAUGAGACAAUGGACUUUGCACAAGAAAUUGCAUCACAGGACCAGGAGAGAGGUAUCGAAGGUCUGCUACGAAGAUGUUGGCUGUUUCGAGGACACGGGGCCCUUCAGCUAUCUGGAAAUGUUACCCUCUCCACCCAAAGAUGUCGGCACUAGAUUUCUGGUGUACGGUAGCAGGAAGGCGAGGUCGAUCCCAAUGGAGGUUCCUGCCGACGACAUAAACGAUAACGCACACCGUGCCAUAGAUCCUGAUUUACCCACCAAAGUAAUCGUACACGGAUUUGGGUCCAGCUGUGACCAUGUAUGGGUUUACGAGAUGAGGUCUGCCCUGAUGACUGUGCAUGAAUGUAAUAUAGUAUGCGUCGACUGGGGUCCAGGAAGCGCAGUCCCUAAUUACGUAAGGGCUGCAGCCAACACUCGUUUAGUUGGCCGUCAAUUAGCCAAAUUAGUAAGAAGCUUGAACGUGCCUUUGGAGAAGGUUCACCUGAUCGGUUUCAGCCUUGGUGCUCACGUUGCUGGAUUCGCUGGAGCCGAAUUGGGCAACGUAUCCAGGAUCACAGGAUUAGAUCCAGCAGGGCCAUUAUUCGAAUCUCAGGAUCCAAGAGCCAGACUCGAUAAAACAGAUGCGAAUUUCGUUGACGUUAUACACAGCAACGGUGAACAACUAUUGCUCGGUGGUUUGGGUUCUUGGCAGCCUAUGGGUGAUGUAGAUUUCUAUCCUAAUGGCGGCAGAAUGCAAACUGGGUGCUCGAAUCUAUUUCUUGGCGCCGUUUCUGACAUUAUCUGGUCAAGCGCAGUCGAAGGUAGAUCUUUGUGCAACCAUCGACGAGCCUAUAAAUUAUUCACCGAUUCCGUCAGUCCCAAGUGUCGGUUUCCAGCAUUUCCUUGCGACAACGGGUACGAUGGUCUUCUUCGAGGCGAAUGUUUCCCUUGCGGAACGAACGGCAAUAGCAGACCCUGCGGCGACAUGGGUUAUUACAGCAACGAGUCACCUGCUAGGGGUCAACUUUAUUUGGUAACCAGAGACGAGGAACCAUUUUGUGCUUACCAAUAUCAGGUGAAGGUGUACAACAGUCACAGCGAAAGACCUACCAGGAGUUAUGGCAAAUUGCAAGUGACCUUGGUUGGAGAUGGAUCUUUCAACGAUACGUUUGCGAUGACUAAAAAGGAUGAAGAACUUGUGGUUGGAUCCGUGCUUCAGAAGAUUGUCGUUCCGCAUCCUGCAAUCUCUGAUGUGGAAGCUAUUGAGAUCAAAUACACGGCAUAUAGUGGUUGGAUUUCCUCAGGCUUAGUGUCCUGGAGCAUCGACAAAUUAGCCAUAAUCGAUAGCUUCGGGAAAACUCUUUCCGUCUGUAAAAAAGGCUUGAGCUUAGAAUCCGGCAAACCUGUCUAUCUUCCCUUAUUCUCUGGAGAAUGCAAUGUUCCCAGUGAAUCAGACAAUUCAACUUCACCAACUCUAGAACGUCUAGUACAAGAGAAGCAAGGUGGAAUAGGUCCAUUCACCAAAGAGCAAAAUUAUGAGCAAAAAGACAGUUACUCGAUAGAAACAUUGUCCAAAGAAAGAACCACAGCAUCUUUAUCUUCAUCGAAAGGUGUAGGCCCCUUUACCAAGGAUCAAAAUAUACGGAUAAUCGAAGGUAAAGAGAACUCCAACAACUUUGAGGAUCUAGGCAAUCGUCGUAGCAACAGUCCUUGGAACAUAAUAGACAUAUCUAGCGAUGGUGAUUCGAAUUCCUUGGAAAACUCUGAUUCUGAAAAAGGCAGAGGGUUCUCUAGCUCCAACUUCUUCACCAAGACUUCAUCUCCCCAUCCCUCCGUGGAACCAUCGACAGAGUUUCUUCCAGAGAUUCGAGAGCCAGUGUUGCAAGUGGAUAAAAAGGAAACAGGAAGGUCUUUGAAAUUCCCAGAAAUCACUGAACCUAUUCUGAGGCCACGUUCUGCGAGACAAAAUACCAGAAAUGAAAUGAAACAGGACCAAAUACAACAGGAGACUUUAUCAACUUCUAGAGCCUUUACCGUACAAUUCUUGCCUGAGAGGUUGGCUGGUAUAUUGGCACAGGCUGAAAGAUACGCCAGGCAGACUCUUCUUCCUUUGAUUUCUCAAUAUACGCCUAGUUUCGUGAGUGGGUCCAGGUACGAGGAGCCCAAAUACUUUCCACCUUUGGGCGAAAUCGCCACGGAGAAUUAUAAAGGGUCUGUUGAGCAGACUACGAAUACCGGUCAACAGAAUUUUUCAAUGAAACAUAAUCAAGAUAAUCAAACGAAUGGAAAUACUGAAACUGUCUUUAAGGAAGAAAUGAAAACUAAGAGUCAUUCUGAUAUUACACAGGUGGUACCUGCAGUUGUAGAAGUAAUUUAUCCGGAGAAAGAUGUGAAUUCAAGUACUGCUAUGGAAAGUAACGAAUGGGUGCCCAUAGAACCAUUCACCUUGAGCAGUCCAUCUACAUCUAGGAAGAAUUUGAACGUUUCUAGAUCUCUGAAUUGGGAACACGAGAGGUAUAACUGGUCCACACAGACAGAAAACAGUAGUUUGAGAUCAAAGGUGGACGAUUGGGUACCUAUUACUAUCAAAAAUGAAAUUCAGAUUAGUGAAUCUUUGAAUAACGUUUCUAACGAGAUUAGUUCGACCCAUGUAGUCACUGACAAACAGAUUGAAUUUAAUCAAAUGGAAGCUGCAACUAUAAAGGAGUUUAGAAAUAAUUCUGAGGCUGUCACUAAAGACGAAAGGAAAUAUAUACCUCUGACUGAUCCAGAAGUGAAGGAAUUAUCGUCAACGAGCUCGAAUGACAUCUCGGAAACUAGUUCUUCGAGUACUUCCUCGCAUUCAACGUAUUCUCAUAUUCAGAAGAUUCCUAGGCCUAAAAAUACAAGAAAUAGCAAAGUUGGAAAUUUGACGAGAAGAAGUAUGGUCUUCCCUUAUGCGUAUGAGAAGAACAAAGAUCCUAGAACUAGAUAUAUACCUUUGAUUCCUGAAGAAGAUUUGAAAAGGCCUCAUUUUCCUAUGGAGAGGAAACGUUGAAGAGAAAUGGAAGUUUAUAUUUUUGAGAAUUCGUGGAACGGAAUUUGUGGAACUGUUGUUGAAAGUUUUCUUAUUGACUUCUUUCGUCGUUUGUAGACAUUGAUUAAUCGUUACGUUUACCAGGAUUCUAGAAUCCUAGAUACAUUCAUUUUAUUACUGAAGACUUGAGAAGGCCUCGUUUUUCACGAAAAAAAAAAUCGUUGCAACGAAUAACUGGAAACUUAUGUUUUUAAAUUGUGGAAUUAUCGUUGGGAAUAAUUUUUUCAUUCAGAACAAAUUUCCAAUUUGUUAUUGAUUUUUUUUUGUUAUUUACAAAUGUUGAUCAGUUGUUAAGACCAGUCUAUAAUGAACGAUAAUCGUAAGUUUUAAAUUUAAAGAAAUUUUCAGAAUUAUAACGUUAUUAGAUAAUUUUUCUAAAAUUUUGCAUCUAUAUGAUACACUGAUAUCAAAAUUUAAUAUCAAUAAGUUUUCUUUAUAUUUUGUUAAAUAAGAUUCGUACAAAAAUAUUACUUAUACUUAUGAAGUAUAAUAAUGAUAUGAAUAAUUAAUACAUUGAUCAGCUUUGAGUUCUUUUUGUACAUGUUUCCUAGAUAUAAAAUAAAAAUAAGAUUAAAAGUUAAAAUAAAUACAGAAAAUAUUGGUAUAGAUUGAUAUAGAUUGGUAUAAAUUUAAUCUUAAUAUAAUUUGACCAAAAAAUUUUAUUUCAUUCAUCGUACUUUUCUGACAUUUAUCGAUAUAAAAUUCCUAGCAGUCGAUGAGAAUCUAGAUUUAGAUCUUAUGAUUUUUCCUCGAUUUAUUAUAGACCGGUCUUUUUUGUGAAAUUAAUGGCUUUACAAAGAACGCUUUAAAAAUUGUUAUUUUGGUAAAAAUUGGAGCCUUAACUUUAUUUUUGUAUAUAGGAAUUUUUUUACAAUAUAUAUAAUAUAAUAUAUAUAUAUAAUAUAUAUAUAUAGCUUCGCUGAAAUCUGUUUUUUUAUCUUCACAUUCGUUAUUAUUAAUUCUUAGUUGUUAGAAUUUUUAUUAUCAUCGUCAUCUGUAUUUUUAUCCCCCAUCAAUGUUUUUAUUUAUAUACGUCGAACAGACGAUCAUAAGAGCGAAAAAUCCCCACUUUGUAUAUAAUGACCCGAUAAUUAUUAUUCCCUCUUUGAAAUUGCGAAACGACUUUCGAUGAAAUAGUAUUAUUAAUUUUCCUCUCGUAAUAAUAUGUACAGCUAGCUGUCUACGUGAACCACAUCGUUCACGAUCGUAUGGUCCACGUGGACUAUAGUCAAAAAAGUAUGGAAGAGAUGAUUUUUAAGUGGAGUUCUAUGUGAAUCUAUAAUAUACCUGUUUUUACUUAAAAUAAAUAAUCAUCUUUAAGAAGAAAAA